AUGACGUAUAUCAGAAAUAAUCAAAAGACUUUACGUGUGGAAUCGUAUAAAGGUUUAUUAGAUCAUGUUAAUAACAUCGGUCGAGAUAAUACUGCCCGUGUUGGUAAUAUAUUUAUUCUUCCUUCAACAUUUGUAGGUGGUCUCCGUUUUAUGUCCAAAUUAUAUCAGGACAAUAUGGAGAUGAUUCGGAAAUUUGGCCGUUCUGAUUUAUUUAUUGCUUUUACAUGUAAUCCUAAAUGGGAAGCAAUAAAAUCCGAACUUAAGCCUUUUCAAAAUCCAUCUGAUAGACCAGAUUUAGUAACUCGAGUCUUUCGUUUAAAAUUAAAAGAAUUUUUAGAUGACAUAGUUAAAAGAAAACUUUUCGGAGAAAUUUUGGCAUAUGUAUACGUUAUAGAGCAUCGAAAACGCGGUCUUCCCCAUGCUCAUUGUUUAUUUACACUCUCCAAUGAAGAUAAAAUUAAAACUGCAGACGACGUUGAUAAUAUUAUCUCUGUUGAGUUACCGGAUCGAUAA